AUGGCAUCGAUUCAAUGCUUGAAUCCUAAAGCGGAAUUGGCCCGGCAUGCCGCCGCAUUGGAGCUCAACAUCAGCGGAGCUCGUGGACUUCAAGAGGUGAUGCGUUCCAACCUUGGUCCAAAAGGAACAUUAAAGAUGCUUGUUUCUGGUGCCGGUGAUAUCAAGUUGACGAAAGACGGAAAUGUUCUUCUUCAUGAAAUGGCUAUUCAACAUCCAACGGCUUCAAUGAUAGCCAAGGCUUCUACGGCUCAAGAUGAUGUGACUGGCGAUGGAACUACUUCCACCGUUCUUCUCAUUGGAGAACUUCUCAAGCAAGCCGAGACCCUUGUCCUCGAAGGUGUUCAUCCACGAUUGGUUACCGAAGGAUUUGAAUGGGCUAACGACAAGACUCUUGAGCUUCUCGAGAAGUUCAAGAAGUCGGUCAAUGUCGAUCGAGCGGUUUUGAUCGAAGUUGCACGCACGGCCCUCCGCACCAAACUGCACCAAAAACUUGCCGAUCAUAUCACUGAAUGUGUUGUUGAUGCUGUUUUGGCGAUUCGCAAAGGAGACGAAGAACCCGAUUUGCAUAUGGUUGAACGCAUGGAGAUGCACCAUGAUACCGACAUGGACACCAAGCUUGUUAGAGGUCUUGUCCUUGAUCAUGGAUCCCGUCAUCCAGACAUGCCGAAGCAUGUCACCGAUGCCUACAUUUUGACCUGCAACGUUUCUCUUGAAUAUGAAAAGACUGAAGUUAACUCUGGACUUUUCUACAAAACUGCCGCUGAACGCGAAAAGCUUUUGGCUGCUGAACGCGAGUUCAUCACUCGUCGCGUUCACAAAAUUAUUGAGCUCAAGAAGCAAGUCGUCGAUAACAGUGCCGAUGGAAAGAAGAAGGGAUUUGUUAUUAUCAACCAGAAGGGAAUUGAUCCACCAUCUUUGGAUCUUUUGGCUGCUGAAGGAAUUCUUGCUCUUCGUCGCGCCAAACGAAGAAAUAUGGAACGCCUUCAGCUCGCUGUUGGAGGAGAAGCCGUCAAUUCGGUUGAUGAUCUUACUCCAGAAGUUCUUGGAUGGGCUGGACUUGUGUAUGAGCACACUUUGGGAGAGGAGAAGUACACUUUUGUUGAGGAAUGCAAGGACCCAAAAUCGGUUACUUUGUUGAUUAAGGGUCCUAACAAGCAUACUAUUAAUCAAAUCAAGGAUGCCAUUCACGAUGGAAUGAGAGCUGUUUUCAAUACUAUUGUUGAUAAAGCUGUUUUGCCGGGAGCUGCUUCUUUCGAAAUCGCCGCCCAUGUUCAUAUUAAAAAACAAUUGGAAGCGUUGAAAGGAAGAGCGAAACUUGGAGCUCAGGCUUAUGCCAACGCCCUUCUCGUUAUUCCGAAAACGUUGGCUGUGAACUCGGGAUAUGAUGCGCAUGAGACAUUGGUGAAACUCGUCGAGGAAAAAGAGGCUGCUGGAGAUGAUUUGGCUGUUGGAAUUGAUCUUGAGACUGGUGGAGCCGCAGAGCCAAACGGAAUUUGGGAUAAUGUGACUGUGAAGAAGAACAGCAUCGCGUCGGCUUGCGUUUUGGCUUGCAAUUUGCUCCUUGUCGAUGAGGUAAUGCGAGCAGGAAUGACGAAUUUGAAGACACCGCAGCCAGAAUAA